ACAACAAAAACCUGACGCGGCUGACGUCAUCUAAAAACUGCUCAACCAUCUCCCCUAGAGAAACAUGGGAACAGCCAGAACCCACCGGCUACAUGUACAAGGGCUUGUGGCAUUCACACCUCUGUCGGCGUCCAGAGAGAGUCACGGAUGAGUGUCUUCGGAAUAUCCACAUUAUCUUUUUGGGAGACUCGAACGGAAGAGAACUUUACAAUGAUGUAAGAUCAAGAAGCUCCUGCAAAGACCUACUUACGGCAGCAAAGAAAAAGUGGCACAAAAACCUGAAAUGUGCCCAUGAUCAGCUUAACUUUACACUUGAGUGGGUGCCACAUUCUCUUCCUUUUUGCACGGACGCCGCUAUAUGGUCCGAUAUUGGUUGGAAUGCAGCUUCUAAUAAAGUUAUAGACAGGAUUCCAAGUACCGGCAGAUAUUUAAUCUACAUAAAUCACUACCUGCAUGCAACCGGCUCUCACAUCAGUGCGUAUAUCGCUGUGAUGAACGCCAUCAAAGAUUCUAUCAAGAGGCUCUUAAUGCGAAACCCUGACGUUUUUAUUGCUAUACAAGGACCUCUUACAAUUUGCCCAUUUGGAAACCGACCAUUUUUUCUCUAUGGAGACAUGCUGAGGCAAUUUUUUGCUGGCGUACAAUAUCAGCUUUUUGAAGAUUUGAGAGAUCACGUUUAUUACAUGCAGACAUUGGAUAUCACCAUCGUAACACAAAAUGACAACUCGCACCCGAAGCACAACUGGCAGAUCUCCAACCAGUUGACAGGAUUUAUUUGUGGGAGGCAAUAA